AUGGCAGAUCGUCUGACCCAACUCCAGGACUGCCUGGACGAUCUGGCAACCCAGAUGUUCGCAUCCAUUCGCUACAUCCAGACUCGCCAUCAAUUCGCUGCCAUCCCAGACCAGCCAGACAUAGAGUUGGCUAGGGACCUGGUGCUCAAAGAACAACAGAUUGAAUAUCUGAUCUCUGUCUUGCCUGGUAUUGGCGAGAGCGAAGCAAACCAGAGUCAGAGAAUUCAGGCUUUGGAGAAAGAGUUGAGGGAGGCUGAUGAAGAGAGGAAGGUCGCUCUGGCUGAGAGGGAGGCUAUGCUAGUUAAGCUGGCUGCUCUGGCUGGAGAGUGCAAGAGGGUCUAUUGA